AUGAAAGGAAUAUUCUUCUAUAUCACAGUGUUGUAUAUCAUUCUCCGUAAGCGUGCAAUACAAGGAAUGAAAAGAAUUGAAAACAGUACCUACUUCAUCACUUUAAUGUAUGUAAAAAGUGUUUCAGCAUGUAGACGUAGGAAAAAUAAAAAUAAAGCUUAUUAUAACAAUACACUGAAUUAUAAUAUAUAUCCACCAGAAAAUUUGAAAAUUUCAAAUAUCAACUUUGAUAAUCACGUCAUUGAAAUAGAGAACCUUACACUAAGUAAUUACAACAUUGUUUCAGUUGAUUAUGGAUAUACUUUUAUGGGCCUUUGUAUACGUUGCAAGAACAAGUAUAUAUAUGAGAAAAUCACUGAAAGACAUAAAAAUUUAAUAUACACAAAAGACUUUGAUUUACCGAUUAAAGAAAAUGUUAUUCUGUUUUAUACACUUUAUUUUAAAGGUUACAUAAAUAAUUUCUUUUCCUUUUUUCAUUAUCUGUUUGAAUUCAUAUAUAACAGCAAUUUGAUUGUUAUCAUCGGAUGCAAUGGGCCACACAUGAACAGACUGUCAAGCGAUAUGGGCCGACACAUGUGCUAUUUUAUGAACGAGGUAAAUGGCAAAAGAGAAAAUCCCAUGGAAAAUGGAAGAAGAAAAAGAAUACCAUUUGAAGUUCAAAAUGAAUUAAUUACAUUUAAUAAUAAUAAUAUUUAUAAAAGAGAACAGAAUAAUUAUGUGGAAAAUUAUUUUAUUAUGUCGAAUAAAGUAAAUUCCAACACGGAAGAAAAAACGGAUAACACUUUGAAUUUUUCGUUAAAAAAUCUGGUUACUAAAAUAAAGGAUGAAAAUAACACACUAUUUUCAAAAUUUUACAAUAGAAAUUGUAGAAGACGAAAGGAUACCCUAUCUGCUACUUACCUUCUCGAUUACUUUUUGAAGUAUUACAACAUUAUUGGUAGUUCUUUUCUGUUACCCUCUAGGAACCUGAAUUAUGUAUAUCAUAUGAAGAAAUGA